UCCCCGCACACCCCACCCCUUUCCCACCGCCUUUCCUCCGGAAGUGACGUAACCCGGAAGUACCGGAGCGAGCCCCGCGAUGUCGCGCGCCACCAAGCGGAAGCACGUGGUGCGCGAGCUGCUGGAGGAGCGCGUGCGGCCCGCGGACAGACAGACCAUCGUCAGGGUUUUGGGGACCCCUGGGAACAACCUGCACGAGGUGGAGACGCCGGAGGGGACGCGGUUCCUGGUCAGCAUGCCCCCCCGCUUCCGGAAACACGUCUGGAUCAAGAGAGGUGACGGUGACAACGACACCCCCGUGUCCCCACGUCACCCCCCCUUGUCCCCCCGUCCCCUGCCCCCCCCCAUUCAGAACGGGUCUGGAUCAAUGGAGGUGACAGUGACAAUGACAAUGACCCCGUGUCACCCACCUUGUCACCCCUGUCCGCUCCAGUGACCCCUGGGACCCCCUGA